AGUUCUAGGAUUAACGCUACAUUGGACGUCUUAAGCUGUCACGCGUGUUGAGCGGCUCAGCAUGAACGGGGUAAAAGUGACGCCCCAGCGCGAGGGGUUUCCCCCUCCCCAAGAUGCGCCCCUGCCGGACCAGGACGUGGCGCAGGUGCGGCUCCUGAUCUCGGUGGCGGUGGCCGUGUUCGUCGUCUUAGUUGUGGUAAUUUGGAAAGUUUUCCAAGCAAGAAAGAGCAGUCGGACAGCAGUGCUUCUGGCUGGUCUGUGUGACUCAGGAAAAACGCUUCUAUUUGUUAGGCUCUUAACAGGAAAUUUCCGAAAUACUCAGACUUCCAUAACUGAUGGUUCUGCCUUAUACAGAAUAAAAAAUGACAAGAAUAGGAAUGUGACUUUAAUUGACCUCCCUGGCCAUGAGAGCUUGAGGCUUCAGUUCCUGGAUAAGUUCAAGACUGCAGCUAGGGCAAUUGUGUUUGUUGUGGAUAGUGUAGCUUUCCAACGGGAGAUGAAAGAUGUGGCAGAAUUUCUGUACCAGCUCCUAAUUGACAACACAAUUCUGAAAAAUGCACCUCCCCUCUUAAUAGCCUGUAACAAACAAGAUGUUACAAUGGCAAAAUCUUCUAAGCUUAUACAACAGCAACUGGAAAGAGAGCUCAAUACCUUACGAGUGACCCUCUCUGCUGCCCCAAGUACCAUGGAUAGUUCAAGCUCGGGAUCUGUCAUUCAGCUUGGGAGGAAGGGAAAGGAGUUUGACUUCUCUCAGCUGCCCAUGAAAGUUGAAUUUAUUGAAUGUAGUGCCAGAGGAAACAAGGGAGAGGAGGGUAGUGCUGACAUUAAUGACUUGGAAAAAUGGCUAGCAAAAAUUGCCUGAGAAUAAGAAGGUGGCAAAGAAUAUGCCCUGGGAAGAGUAAGUAUUGGAAUGAGGCAUGCAAUUUAAUAGAGCAAGAACUUGAGUUUUAAAUAGCAGUUUGGCUAGGAAAAGAUGCACACUUGGAGGUUGGAGCAAUGGUGAGGAUAUUCAGUCUCUUGCUCGGGAAAGUUUUUAGUUUCUAUUCAUUGUUCACAGGCUCUGCUGAAGUAUCCUUGUUCUUUAAAUAUAGCCUAGCAAGGUGUAGCCUCUUUUCUGCUUCCUAUUCUCAUUGUAGGUAAUUUUUCUACUCUAUUUUAGGAAAAGACCCCUUAAAAGGAGAACCCUUGUUACACAAAAGUCUCAAAAUGAAAAGGAUCAUGUCUAGAUAUUCCUAGAUUCAAAUUUCUUUGCUUCUGUUUUCCUUCCAAUACUCCUCUCAUCUGAAACUUAUUACUUUAUUGUUUCAUUCUCUAAAAGAUUUUAUAGCAUUCUGGAAUGAGUAGAAUUUACUAUUGUAACUAUAGUAAUGUGACUUCUAAAAAAAAAGAAAUAGGCAACUACUUUGAAUAUUCUGUACAAUGCCUAACAGUGGUAAUCCUAUCACUUGAUAUGUGCUGUUUUGCUUCUAAAAUUGACUGAAUAAUUAAUUGGUACACAAAAUUUGAAAAUCUCAACUUCCUUCCUUCCUUCCGCACUGUGAUGUUAUUUCAGGAUUUAGACUGUGCUUCUGAUAGACACUUCCCUACUCUUUUCUGAUACACAUUUGGAUUACUAACUUCUUAGCAAAUGUUAAAUUAUAUAGCAUCUUCAUGGAAAGAGAGUGCCAAGUUUGUAAAUCUACUGAAAUGUAACAUGCUCCCUUCUGAGCAUAUUGCAUUUUAGUAUAUUUAAAACUUCCAUUAGUGCUUUAAGAUGUGUCAUUCAAUCAGCUCUUGAAAGAUGUUUCUCCUGUAGUAUGUUCAAUGUUCAAGAGGAGUAACCAUUAGAAAUGCGUACCUGUGGUUCUCUAUCAGACAAGAUGUAACUGUUCUCAGUUAUAUUCUUGUUUGACAGUGUAUUUUAUAUGCCAUACGUUAUACAGAAGAAAUAGGUAACUUAUUUUUUUUUUAGUCUGUCACAAGCUGGACUUGAUACUUUUUCUAGAUGAGUCUCAUUUCCCAAAAGUGUAGUCUGUAAAAAAAAGUGAUACACAGAAAACAAAUUUGUACAUGUAAUGUCCUGUACUUGUAAUGUCCUGUACUUGUUACUAAAGACCAAGUUCUAUUAAAAUGUUUUUCUUAAAUUGCAUGAAUUGGUCCCUAAUAUUUAUGUAUAUCCCACCAAAAUCUGUUCAGUAUUAGUAGCUUCACAGUUUGCUCUGAAGUAUAGACUUAGAAAUAGCUUUUUGUGCAUUGGGUGACUUGCAAGUAGAACAUCAGGGGCAUGCCUCUAAGCUAUGUUUGAGCUUAGGAAUGAAAUUGUGCUCUAUUGCUUUUAUUUCAUAAGCUUUUUGCCAAAUCCAGAAUAAAAGUGAUAAAUAAAUCAUGAGAACUCUGCUUGCCAUGAGACCCAUGGGCCACACUGUCCUUGAAAAGCUGCAAAGGUGUAGAAAACCACACAUUUUACAUUAUUAUUUAUGUCUACAAAUAUUUGCCUAACAUACCUCUGAUUUUCUCAGUCACAUUUUCUUUAAAUAGAACGUUCAGAGUGCAUUUUUAAACAUGGUUAUUUUUGCUUGUGAAAGUCUUAUGACUCUUGCUACAAAAUUCUAUAGGAUUAAAAGAUUUAUUUUAACAGGAGUUACUGUAUAUUUUUUUGUAUUUCAGUUCUAAAUUGUAAUUGCAGAGGGAGGCUGAAAGGAAGUGAUGAUGUUGUAGAACUUAAUUUGGUAUAGGAUGUAAACAUUAAUUCCUGGAGUGGUAUCAAAUUGCAGCAUGUAAAAAAUUAUAUCACAGUUAUAACCAACAUUAAAAAUCUCUCUACUGCAGGAUGUUGGGUUUAAAGAGAACCCUUCAAGUUCGAGAAAUGCUGGAUUACAUGUGUGAAUACGAUUGUUUUAUAUGUAGCAAUAAAAAUACCUUAUAUAUAUUUUAAUGUGGAUUUACAAACACAGAAUUACAAGGCAGUUUUGUCGAAACAGCAUCUUAUGAAAGAUAUAUAUGUUGUCUGUUUUUGUAUUUAAAUAAUUGCUGGAAUAAAAGUAAAUAAAAAUAUUUUUGUAUUGCAA